UACUUCUGCGUCCUCCACCGCCCUCUUUUUUGUCGGAUUGAGCCCAGCUCAUUUUUAAAACCCGUACCCGGCGCUUAACCUCAAAGUUAUUGGGCAAUAACAUAGUGUUGCCCAAAAUAUCUCUGUUCCCCGUUCACUGUGCGCUCUUUUCGGUACGCGGGAGCCUAUCGUCAGGAGGGGGUGCGCUCGCUUUCCUGUUCGUCUCUAAGUACUUCUCGAUGUGUGUGCUUUGAAACUGGAAUAACUAUACCCGUGAGAUCAUCUUAUCAGCAGCAAUAUGGAUAGACAAUUCGAUAAGAGAAGACCACAAGGCGCCGCGUGGUCUCCAGUUACACCUUCAACGCCAGCAUUCAAUCCCAGCAAGUUUACACCGGUGGUACAGCAAUCAACGUGGAAACCUUCUUUCCAAACAACAGUUGUUCAAGAAAAUACAGAUGAAAAUGUUAUUCCAGGAUCUGUAAAACCCGAUCCUUCUGGAGGUUUCGUACAUACCUUUGGUACACCAAAAAAAGAAGUGUCGACACCUCAAACAGCGUCUUCCAAUUCAUCUGAUAAUUCUCCUUGGCAAAACUCUUACAAUCCAUUGCCAUCUCGUCAAGAAUCAGUUACUGUCACAUCAUCACCUAGGUAUUACCAGGAGAUCAUUGUGCCUACUGGUGACACAAGUACCCAGUUUAGAUCUCCAGCUAGGCAAACAUCUUUUCAGAGCAAUCCUAGUCAGUAUCCACCUGCGCAAAUUUCGCCUCAAAAAUCUGGAUCUGGGACUCCUGUAUUUUACCAAUCACAAAGUAAUGGUGUCAACAAUCAAAUAAAUGGAAGUCCGGCGCCAGUGUAUCAUACAUCCAGGCAGCAGCCAUCUUAUCAGGCUUCUAGGCAGGAAUCAGUACCGUAUGAAUCAAGUUCAUGGGCUAAUCCAGUUACACAGCAGUCUCCAUCUUAUCAACCUUCUAGGCAAGAUUCAUGGUAUCAACCAGCAAAUCCAGAAUCAAAUUCCUAUUCACCUUCAAGACAAGAUUCACAAUCGAACCAAUUUGUACGACAGAAUUCAUCCACUCAGCAACCUAACAGACAAGAUUCUUGGUCAUCUGCACCUAUAAGACAGAAUUCAACAUCUUAUUCAGGAAGCAGGCAGAACGUUGUUUCACCUACUCAGCCUCAGAGGCAAGAUUCUGCCCUAUACCAGCCUGCUAGACAAGAUUCUUGGUCGCCUGCUGCAGUAGCACAGAACUCCACAUUUUACCCAGCCGAGAGGCAGGACCGCUCUCCUAAUCAAACUUCAAGACAAGAUUCUGUAUUAUACCAAACUUCACCAGGUCCUGCACCUGGACUUUUUGCUAAACAAAACUCUAUUUCACCAUCAACAGCAGAAUCUCCUGUGCGUUAUGAACCCGUUUCUGUUAAUUCAGGUCCUGGUUUCCAAAGACAGAGUUCAACACAGUAUCAGCCAUCACCGAAACCAUAUUCGCCUACGAACUAUAACUCUUCUGAGAAUAAACAGGCAGAAUAUAAUAAUACUUCACCAUAUUCUUAUGGUUUUCCUGGACCGUUUGCACGGCAGCAAUCAUCUUCAGCUCCUCAGCCGUGGUGUCCUUUACCUGCUGACUCUUUUCCAACACCACCACCAUUUUCCCCCUCUAAGGAAAGUGCUGCAGCUCCAUGGCCAACACCUCAGGAAUUACCAACACCUCCGCCUCCACCACCACCUCCUCAGAGUCAACAACUAUCUACAGGCAUGGUUGCUCCUCCACCACCACCUCCUCCUCCUCCUCCUCCUCCACCCAUGCCAUCUUCCAGUUCUGGCAUCCAAGAGGAACCUGCGUGGAAGAAACAAAUCAAGGCAACAAAAGAAGCGAAAGCGGCUGCUGGCAUCAGUUCUCCAUCGCCUGCCACCCCUGGAGGAGGCCCUGAAUUGCCCGCUGCUCUGGCUGGCAGCAUGAAGAAAGACAAGAAGCCUUUCACCUACCUUCCUGGAGGCUUGGACCUCUCAGAAAUCCGAUCGCCGAAGAUGCAGAGGAGGAUCAUUGCCAAUCAACAACAAGCACCCCCUCCGCCUUCCUGCAUGGGGCAACAAGUUUUGCUACAACCAAAAACAAAUGAAGCCGCCCCCCAAUGUCAACAAUUGCCAAACCAAUUUGAAAGGUUGAACUUGGGUGAGGGACAGAGCGGCGAUAGGAUGGCGACCGCCGUUGAGGCCCAGCGUCGGUCUUCCACCGAUAGCCAGGACCCCAAGACCUAUGGACAAUCCAGGUCUUUCCGGAUAUUGCAGAUGAUGACAGGUGGCGACGAUGAAACAGAUUCUGUACCUCCUCCACCCCCUACAAAGCGAGAGGAGGAAGAAAUGCGUUUCACUGGACUGCGUCGACCAGACAAUCCUUUACCGUCCCGUGCAUUUCACACCCUUCAGAAGAUGACGUCAGGCGGUGAAGAAACUGCCUCCAACACCUCAGCUGAUCCUAGGUAUAGCAAUGAGCCCCUUGAAGAACGGACUGAAGACGGUCCAGUGGAUAUCCGUUAUAAAGGAGGUUACAUACCCGGCAGAUCCUUCAAGAUGUUACAAGAGAUGACUGGCAUGAAUGAAGAUGGAACUCCCACCGGAACAGUGGUUCCAUCUGUACUUCAGGAAAAGAGGCAGCAACGUAAGCCCCCACCCCAUCUGCAUUUAGACAUCAAUCAGCCUCCGACACCUAAACAGUUCCCGCAGCCAUCCGUACCAGCUUCCCAGCAAACAACUGAAGAAGCCCCUAAGAUGUAUAGGGGUGCACGUAUCCCUUCACAGUCUUUUCGAAUUCUGCAGGCCAUGACUGGUGAACAAGACAGCCUUGAAGAUGAGCAUGGCACAGAUAUGUAGAAAUACAGAAAACCUGCAGUGAAAGGGCAUCAAGAAACUAAAAUGUAUGCUAUAAAAUUUUAAGUAGUUAGAAAUUUCUCCAGUGCUGUCUAUUAUGUACUUGAAGAACUUUAAAAGUGUUCUAGACUAUUCUGUGUUAAAUUAUUCUCGGAAUCUUUUCAUUCUUAGAUUGCUUAACACUUUGCUUAUGCCCAUAGUCUAGUCUGUACUGUAUUGCUUGUGUUUUUAUUACAUGAAAUGUUUAUUAAAUGAAGAUUAUGAAAAGA